AUGGAGGGGAAACAAGAAUGCCUGGUUUUUGCAGUAAAUGGAGAGAGGUUUGAGGUCCCAAAUAUUGAUCCUUCAACUACUUUGCUCCAAUAUUUACGCUCCCACACCCGUUUCAAGAGUGUCAAGCUUGGCUGUGGCGACGGUGGCUGUGGUGCUUGUGUUGUUCUGCUGUCGAAAUAUGACCCUGUACUUGAUCAGGUCGAAGAUUAUACAGUGAGUUCAUGUUUGACACUUCUUUGCAGCUUAAAUGGAUGCUCAGUUACUACGACCGAAGGCCUUGGAAAUAGUAAAGAUGGUUUCCAUCCAAUUCAUCAAAGAUUUGCAGGCUUCCAUGCUUCUCAAUGUGGCUUUUGCACCCCUGGGAUUUGCAUGUCGCUUUACUCAGCUCUCAUCGAUGCUGAAAAAACACCCCGUCCAGAACCUUCGCCUGGAUUUUCCAGGCUGACAGCAUCUGAAGCUGAAAAGGCUAUAGCAGGAAAUCUUUGCCGGUGCACUGGAUAUCGACCCAUUGCUGAUGCCUGCAAAAGUUUUGCUGCUGAUGUUGACAUCGAAGAUUUGGGGAUCAAUUCCUUUUGGAGGAAUGGAGAUACUAAGGAAGUGAAAGUAAGUAGACUACCUUCCUACAAUCCUAAGGAUCAUAUUUGUACAUAUCCUCAAUUCUUGAAAGACGAGCAUUGUCCUGAAAUGCAUAUGAAUUCUAAAGGAUGUUCUUGGUACAGCCCUGUAUCUAUUGAGGAGCUUGAAAAAUUAUUGCAUUCCAGUGUAGCUGAAAAUUGUACAAGGAUUAAGGUAGUUGUUGGUAACACAGGGACCGGUUAUUACAAUGAAAUAAUAGAUUAUGACAAAUAUAUUGAUCUGAGGUAUAUUCCCGAGCUUUCAGUCAUUAAAAAGGAUAACUUGGGAAUCGAAUUUGGAGCUACCGUGUCGAUAUCCAAAGCUAUUUUCAGUUUAAAGGAAGAAAAUAUAAUCAAUGUCUGCCCAGGUGGAGAACUGGUUUUUAAGAAAGUUGCUGAACAUAUGGAGAAAAUAGCUUCGGGGUUCAUUAGAAACUCAGCUAGUAUUGGGGGUAACUUGGUCAUGGCACAGAGAAAUUAUUUUCCUUCUGAUAUAGCUACAUUACUUCUUGCAUUGAGUUCUAGUGUCAGCAUACUGACAGGUCGUAAACGUGAAAAGAUUACUCUGGAACAGUUCUUUUCGAGGCUGCCUUUGGACCCCACAAGUGUGCUUCUAAGUGUUCACAUUCCAUAUUGGGAACCUAUUGAAAGUGCUGAUACAAAUGAAUCUAAUCAUAAGUUAUUGUUUGAAACCUAUCGUGCUGCACCACGGCCCGUUGGUAAUGCAUUACCCUAUUUAAAUGCUGCCUUCUUGGCAAAAAUUUCUUUUCAUAAAGAUGAAGUGCUAGUGAAAAACAUCCAGUUGGCUUUCGGAGCUUAUGGCGUCAAACAUUCAACAAGGGCAAGGAAAGUUGAAGAACAUCUGACUGGAAAAAUACUUAGCCUAGAUAUUCUAGCUGAAGCAAUCAAAUUAGUUAAAGAUUCUGUGAUACCAGAAGUCGGUACAUCAUUUGCUGCUUACAGGUCAAGCUUAGCUGCCAGCUAUCUUUUUGAAUUUCUUUUUAAUCUCACCGGUCUUGAUUAUGCAAUUUCUGGUGAUGAACUGAACGGAAAUUUGCUAGACGAAGGUUUGGAAAGCAAGAAUGAUAGUGAUAUCAGUCAAAUCGCAAGGCCAACGUUGCUGUCAUCCGCAAAACAGGUCGUGGAAUCAAGUAGAGAGUAUUAUCCGGUGGGUGAACCAAUGAUAAAAUUCGGUGCUGCCAUCCAAGCUUCUGGUGAAGCCGUGUAUGUGGACGACAUUUCAUCACCUCCAAAUUGUCUGCAUGGAGCAUUUAUCUAUAGCACCAAGCCUUUAGCACGAGUGAAGGGAAUAUCAUUCAAGUCUAACUCGCUUCCAAAAGGGGUCACUGCUGUCAUCUCCUUCAAAGAUAUCCCAAAAGAAGGAGCAAAUGUGGGAAGUAAGGAGGGAUCUGUUUUUGAACCUUUAUUUGCUGAUGAUCUCACUCGGUAUGCUGGUGAUCGCAUUGGAUUUGUGCUUGCAGAGACACAGAAGUCUGCUGAUGUGGCUGCAAAAUUGGCACUGGUUGAAUAUGACACUGAGAGUUUAGAUCCACCCAUUUUAACCGUUGAGGAGGCCUUGGAGAGAUCAAGUUUUAUUGAGGUUCCUUCUCACCUGCAUCCAGCAAAAGUGGGUGAUUUUCCAAAAGGAAUGGUUGAAGCUGAUCACAGUAUUCUCUCUGCAGAGAUUGAACUUGGAUCACAAUACUACUUUUAUAUGGAGACGCAAACUGCACUUGCAAUUCCAGACGAAGACAACUGCAUGGUGGUUUAUAGUUCCAUUCAAUGCCCUGAAUAUGCACAUAGUGUAGUUGCAAGGUGUCUUGGCAUUCCUGAGCAUAAUGUCCGUGUUAUUACAAGAAGAGUCGGUGGAGGCUUUGGUGGAAAAGCAAGCAAAGCUAGCCCUGUUGCUACGGCUUGCGCACUUGCAGCACACUGCUUACGUCGUCCAGUAAGGAUAUAUCUUGAUCGUAAGACUGACAUGAUAAUGGCCGGAGGAAGACACCCUAUGAAGAUAACUUACAGUGUCGGAUUCAAAUCUAAUGGGAAGAUCACUGCUUUGCAUCUCGAUAUACUAAUUAAUGCAGGGCAAACUAUAGAUGCAAGCAUCAUAAUGCCACGAAACAUGGUAGGUGCACUUAAAAAGUAUGAUUGGGGUGCUCUAUCUUUUGAUAUAAAGUUAUGCAAGACAAACCACUGUGGCAAAACUGCUAUGAGAGCUCCAGGAGAGGUGCAGGCUUCUUUUAUUGCUGAAUCUAUAUUAGAAAAUGUAGCUUCCGUGCUUUCAUUGGAUGUCGAUUCUGUGAGGAGCAAAAAUCUUCACACAUAUGAAAGCCUUAAGUUGUUCUAUGGGAGUGCUGCUGGGGAUUCCGUAGAGUAUACUUUGCCUACUAUUUGGGAUAAGGUAGCUAGAUCAUCGAUCUUUGCUCAAAGGGUAGCACUGAUAGAACAGUUCAAUUCGUGCAACAGCUGGCGCAAGAGGGGUAUUUCGCGAGCACCAAUUAUGUUUGAAGUGACUGUAAAACCAGCCCCUGGGAAAGUAAGCAUUCUUUUGGAUGGAUCUAUUGUUGUAGAAGUUGGAGGGAUAGAGAUGGGCCAGGGGCUCUGGACAAAGGUAAAACAAGUGACAGCAUAUGCUAUCAGUAAAAUUCAAUGCGAUGGAACUGAAGACCUGGUGGAGAAAGUACGAGUUGUACAGUCGGACACCUUGAGCUUAGUACAAGGAGGGCUUACUGCUGGGAGCACUACGUCCGAAGCAAGUUGUGAAGCUGCAAUACUAUGCUGCAACUUCUUGGUUGAAAGACUAACCCCUCUUAAGAAAAAAUUGCAAGAUCAAAUGGGUUCUGUCACUUGGGAUAUCCUGAUUCUCCAGGCACAUGAUUAUUCUGUAAAUUUAGCAGCAAGUUCUUACUACGUGCCAGAGUCUGGUUCUGGGGGGUACUUGAAUUAUGGUGCUGCAGUAAGUGAGGUCGAGGUAAAUGUUCUGACCGGAGAAACAACAAUACUGAGAGAAGAUAUCAUUUAUGAUUGUGGACAGAGCUUGAACCCUGCUGUGGAUUUAGGACAGAUUGAGGGGGCUUUUAUACAAGGAGUCGGCUUCUUUAUGCUCGAAGAGUACCUUACUAAUGCAGACGGAUUGGUGGUUACCGACAACACAUGGACAUACAAGAUUCCAACAAUCGAUACCAUACCUAAACAGUUCAAUGUCGAGGUGCUAAAUAGUGGACAUCACCAAAAACGCGUUCUUUCUUCCAAGGCUUCUGGUGAGCCACCAUUGCUAUUGGCAGUUUCAGUGCAUUGUGCUACAAGAGCAGCCGUUAAGGCAGCCAGAAAACAGCGUAAAUCUUGGGGAGCGUUAGACGAGACUGAUUCAACAUUCGAGUUGGAAGUCCCUGCUACAAUGCCCGUUGUUAAGCAACUAUGUGGCCUCGAUUCUGUGGAGUGGUAUUUGCGUAGCUUGCUCACUCGUUGA